AGCACCACCAGCAAUCUCCCUUCCUUCCAACAUAAAUAUCACCUCAAUCUACACAUACGUCUAACGAGAAACAACUCCCAACAAAUCCAUUAAUAACAAAUCCGUCCAAUUCCUCCCCACCAACCACACAACCACCACCACACCCACCUCCGACCCCGCCCCACCAUAUCACAACCAAAAUGGCCACCCAACAACCCCCCCAAACAGCAACCCAAUACCUCGACCUGGGGAUAACCCUCGCGAUCAAUGCCUGGCCAGCCCUCACAUUGGCCGUGCAAUCCAACUGGGGCGGUCCGACCUCCUCCGACAAGCGCGACUGGCUCUGCGGCGCCAUUUCGGAGAUGAUCCAGGAGCGACCCGAAACGGAUGCCGAGGAUCUCGAGGACGUGCUUAUUCAGGUGAUGAACGAUGAGUUCGAUGUCGUGGUGGAUGAUGAGAGCGCGGGCAUGGUUGCCGUGCAGAUUAUGGAGAUGAAGGGGCAGACGGAGAAGGGCGAGUUCGGGGCUAUUCAGGAGAUGUGGGAGAAGUGGCAGAGUAAGAAGGGUGCUUCGGGAAUUGAGGGAUUCAAGAGGGGCGAGGAUCAGGAGGAUGAUGAUGAUAGUGAGGAGGAUGAGGAUGAGGAUAUGGAGAUGGAUGAUGCGCCGGCGCCGGCGCUGGUGAGGGCGCCGAGGGAGAAGGUUGAGCCUGAGGUGGAUGAGGAUGGGUUUAUGACUGUUGUUUCGAAGAAGAGGAGGUAAAUUUCUUUUUUUUAUCUUCUUUCAUCUUCUUUUUACGAUGGGAAUGUUUGUUCUUUAUUGGUAUUGUUAAAAGUUGUUUGUUGGUGCUGGUGCUGGUUGAUUCCCCAUAGAAUAGACGCCCUGUUUCAUGUAUUCUGGCUGUUUGUCUAUGCUACAGCUGUGUGAUUCAAGCGCGCAGUGAAU